ACUCAACGCAGUGGCGGUCGCAGCAUCUCACUGACAAUUCCCCAUCUUUUUAGCCCGGUUGUUUUUUGGUUUUUUUUUCUCCGGCACUUGUCACCAGUGAGUCUGGAUAAAUGUAAGGGCAAGUCAUAGGGAAGACUACAUGCAUAUGACCAGCUCAGGAAGUCUAUGAUCCAAUGUACUUUGCACAUGUGACUGCUGUCUUCGGGUGACAAAUCAGCCUCUGCUCUUAGAUGCCUCCUGCUUUUAAAGACUUUGCCAGACCAGCAGUACUCAUGGUCAACCUCGCCAUACUUCGAUGAGGAAAGCUACUCCCCUCCACCCAAAAACAUGAAGGGUCUCUCCGGUGGCCGCCCCGCCCACCUGCAGCUCACCUCCCCCACCUCAGCCCACACUUGCGGCUAUGUCGAUGUUGACCAUUCCCUGGAGCAUCACCUACACCGUGGAGAUUCACGGCCCCCGUCCUACCUCCUCAGCCCCACCGAGAGCUGUCCCCUGGAAGGUCGUCACCGCUUCUCACCACGGAGCUCCAUCCACUCGGAGUGCAUGGGGGUACCAGUGUCCAUGGCACCCACCGACCACUCUGUCGCAUGUAGCACUUUUCCACGCAUGCACUAUGGAAGUGCGUCGCGGGACACCGGGGGAAACACGUCUGUCUGCAGGGAUUCCCGGGAUGAUGGUGGCUCCUCGUCGCAUGGCAGUAGUGGCAAAAUGAACCGAAUCCCUGCAAACCUUCUGGACCAAUUUGAGAAACAGAUGCCGCUGCACCGUGAUGGCUUCCACACUUUGCAGUAUCAACGUACCUCCACUACAACCACAACCACAGAGCAACGCAAUGAAAGCCCCGGACGGAUACGCCACCUAGUGCACUCGGUACAGAAGCUUUUCACAAAGUCCCACUCUCUGGAGGGUUCUUCCAAGAUGAACGGUAGCAAAAGCGACUCGCACCGGGACGGCUCGCAUCAUCAUCACCACCAUCAAAGUCACCACAAACACAGCAAGCGCAGUAAGAGCAAAGAUCGCAAAAGCGACGGGAGCGGGAGACAACGUUCAGGAGGUUGGUGGAGUUCGGACGACAACCUGGAUAGUGACAGCACAUACCGGCCACACAGCGUCAUGUCCCGACACCCCGUGGACCAAAUCACUCACUGCUACCCAGACUCGAUGCACAGCCACCUUGCAGGAGACCUGUCGCUAAAGACUUCCAAAAGUAACAACGAUGUCAAGUGCUCAGCGUGUGAGAGCAUAAGCAUGGCACCAGAGGGAAAGUUCAUGAAGAGGAGCUCCUGGUCGACAUUAACCGUCAGCCAAGCCAAGGAGGCCUACAGGAAGUCUUCGCUCAAUCUGGAGAAACCAAUGACGCCAACAGAUCUCAAGCCCAACCUCAGGCCGUGCCACUAUCUACAGGUGCCCCAGGAUGAAUGGGAAGGUUAUCCCGGCGACGGGAAAGAUGACGAGAUUCCAUGUCGUCGAAUGCGGAGCAGCAGCUACGUCAAAGCCAUGGGGGAUGAAGAGAGUGGAGAAUCGGAUUCCAGCCCUAAGACAUCUCCCCAGAAGUUGGUGCGGCCAGACGCGCUAAUCAAGGCCAUCAUCAGACCCAGAGAGCUGCUGGACUCUCACAGUCAGAGUUACCACAUGCAAACAGCCAUGCACCCAAGCAUUGCCCUGGACCCCUCUGCAAACUGCAACUCCCCCAAGUUUCGCUCCAGGAACCAAAGCUACAUGCGGGCAGUCAGCACCCUCAGUCAGGCGAGCUGUGUUAGCCAGGUGAGCCAGGUGAGUGAAACAGAAAUAAAUGGACAGUUUGAAUCGGUCUGUGAGUCGGUGUUCAGCGAGGUAGAAUCCCAGGCCAUGGAUGCGUUAGACUUACCCGGCUGCUUCCGAACCCGGAGCCACAGUUACCUGCGUGCUAUCCAAGCCGGCUACUCUCAAGAUGAUGAAUGCAUCCAACCCAUGGCCUCCACGGUCACUUCCACCAUCAGAUCGACUACAGGCAUCCGGUUCUGCCUUCCUUCGAACUGCAGCAACAUUGAGCGGACACCGCAGCUUCCCCCAGCCAUUACCUACACACCAAACUACAAGAAGGCCCCUCCACCCGUCCCACCUCGCACCACCUCGAAACCCCUCAUCUCCAUCACAGCCCAAAGCAGCACAGAGUCAACCCAGGAUGCUUACCACGAUGGAAGGCGCCCCCUCGGAGGGAUGUGGGGUCCUGAUGGCCUAACCCUGGGCCUGAGCCCCGGCAGGGCCCUAUAUAACUCCGUUGACAGCCUGGACAGUGCCAAGGCCGUAACUAUUGCCAUGGAGGCAGCUGGGGUCAUGGCAGGGAAAAGACACCCGUCCACAGACAGCCACAGUUCAGUAGUCACCUGUGACAAGGCCAUCUUGGUGUCGAGAGCAGAAGAGUACCUGAAGACACCUCGAUCUUCGAUAGGAAUACAGGUGGAAGCUGCCACAGAUUCGGAAUCUGAAAGCAAAGGCUCCCGGGAAUACCAUUCUGUUGGGAUCCAGGUGGAGGAUGACAAGAAAGGGCAAGGCCGCUUCAAGCGCUCCAACAGCGUGACCGCCGCCGUGCAGGCAGACAUGGAGUUAGAAGGCUUCCCCACGAUGGAGGACAAAGGCCUGCAAUUUGGCGGGGGCUUCCAGCGUCACUCAGAACCCAACACACCCACACAAUAUGGAGCUGUGCGAACCGUCCGCACCCAGGGGCUCUUUAGCUACCGCGAGGACUACCGUACCACGGCCGAACCCCCGAGUCCCCGGGAGACCACCAGUGAGCCCACGUGGCAGCUGGAGCCCCCCACCCCGCAUGAGAACGCUGUCCCAUCUGGCGAGUCGGGACGUAGCUCCCCGUCUCUGAGGAGAGAUGGUAGCUGGUUCAUGCAGCUGCUGCACACUGAGACCAAGAGGAUAGAGGGAUGGUGCAAGGAUAUGGAGGCAGAGGCUGAAGAAAAUGACCUGUCGGAGGAGAUCCUUGGAAAAAUCAGAAGUGCAGUGGGAAGCGCUCAACUGCUCAUGUCACAGAAAUUUCAGCAAUUCUACUGGUUGUGUCAGCAAAAUUUGGACCCCAGCGCCAUGCCGCGACCUACCUCACAGGACCUGGCUGGGUUCUGGGACCUGCUGCAGCUCUCCAUCGAUGAUGUCACCGUUAAGUUUGACCAGCUGCAACAGAUCAAAAGCAACAAUUGGAGGGCCAUCAACAGUCCGGAGAAGAAGCCUGCAGCUCCUGUACCAAAGAAGACAAGUCGACAGAAGAGUCUGAUGACAAGGGAGAAAUCCUUGGACCUGCCUGACAGGCACCGGCAGGAGGCUCGGCGACGCCUCAUGGCAGCCAAGCGGGCCGCCUCCUUUCGGCAGAACUCAUCGUCAGAGCGAGCGGACAGCAUCGAGAUCUAUAUUCCCGAGGCUCAAACUCGACUUUGAGAAGUUAGUCAGGAGAAAACUUCUCUCCGUGCUCACUUAGCCUUUUUCUAGACUUCCUUUAUCCAUCCAAACAUAGAGAAGCCAUCCUGAGUGGUCAGCAGGAAGGGUUUCUUGUUAGCAGACAUGUAUAUUGAACACGGGGCGACUGGUUUUCCCACUGGUUGCCAUAGUACCCAAACCACACAACCUCAUCCAGCAUUGUUUUCUUUUUGUUUGUUUUGUUAAAAUGCCAACAUUUGCAAAGUGCCAUUUGAAAAGUGCAGCUUUGAGAAACCUACCAGCAACCAGACCUUUGACCGAAAAAGAUAAGCAUUUUAAAGAGCUAAAAUCUCCAAUUUAGAAGUGUCAUUUGUUUCCCAAACCUAAUGUGAACUGGAACAAAAGUGCCAAUCCUUACGAUACCUCAUCUUUGUGCAUGUGGCACAGAUCCAUGUGUCAUUUUUCAUGGUAUUGCCAGUUAGAAGAACUCAGCACCAUGCACA